AAUACAAGCAACAUGAGCGGAAGAGGCAAAACCGGUGGCAAAGCCAGAGCUAAGGCUAAGACUCGCUCAUCCAGAGCUGGUCUGCAGUUUCCCGUUGGCCGUGUUCACAGACUGCUCCGCAAGGGUAACUAUGCCGAGCGCGUGGGUGCCGGUGCUCCGGUGUACUUGGCCGCUGUGCUCGAGUAUCUGACCGCUGAGAUCCUGGAGUUGGCCGGAAACGCCGCUCGGGACAACAAGAAGACCCGUAUCAUCCCCCGUCACCUGCAGCUGGCGGUGCGCAACGACGAGGAGUUGAACAAACUUCUGGGUGGAGUGACCAUCGCUCAGGGCGGUGUGCUGCCCAACAUCCAGGCCGUGCUGCUGCCCAAGAAGACCGAGAAGGCUGCCAAAGGCAAAUAAAGCGCUACAGUAUAAUGACAAGUCGGCUUAACCCAACGGCUCUUUUCAGAGCCACCAACUUUUUCUUUGAAAGAGUAAAUGCUGUAAUGACGCAUUAACAGUAUGUCGAGACAAAUAGGCCAAUUUCCCCAAAAAUAUCAAAAGCG